AUGACCUCAAUCCUCCGGCAGUCCAGCAGUCUUGCUCGAAUCUCGAGGUCCUCUCUCCAAGCCGCCGCCCGAUCGAGCCUCCGCCCUUCGAAGAAUACUUCCGUAUUAAGCUCACGACUAUUAGCACAGCAGGCUCGCACAUACUCCAAGAGCAAUGGACCGAAAAACCCGAAGAAGGACGAGUCCAAGCCGCCAGGCAAGGACGAUGAGUCCAAGGUGACAGGCAAGGACGGCAAGGAGCCCGGGUCAAAGCCGCCAGGCACGGAGGGUCAACAGGAGGGACAAAAGCCGCCAUCAGCGGAUGAGUCCAAAGACAAGCCCAGCGAGCCGCCGCUGGCGGAGGGCAUGACAAGGCUGAACCCCGAGGAUGAAAAAGCUUUCGAGGAGAUUCUGGGCACGCUGAAGAAGGGGAUGCCGAAGGCACAGGCGGAAAACAUUGAGCGGGCGUUUCAGACGAUCAAGAAAGAGGGCAUCCCGCGGGAGCUGCGCGAGUUCAUGGAUGAGAUUCGCGGCAAGCCGAUGACGCUUGCGCGGGCGGCGAAGCUCACGCGCUUAACGUCGCAGAUGGCAAGGAAGCAGGCGGAGAGGGAUAUGAGUGGCAAGAAGACGGAUUUCCAGAGCAAUGAAUCGAAGGGUCAGGCUGGUGAGGAUGGCAAGAAGAAGAGUGGGAAGCAGGAGGGGUUCAAGGUUGGGGAGGUGAAGCUCGAUAUGACCUCGUUCGUGAUCUCGGCCUUCGUCUCGUACCUGAUGUACCGGAUGCUCGUGCCUGGAGAGGGCGGACGCGAGAUCACGUACCAGGAAUUCCGGAAUACCUUCUUCGACAAGGGAUUGGUGGAGAAGCUGACGGUUGUCAAUGGAGGGACCAGAGUCCGGGUUGAUCUACAUCGCGAGGCUACACAAUCAAUGUACCCCGACUCCCCUGCCGCCAACCCCAACUUCCACUACUACUUCUCGAUAGGUUCAGUUGAGGCCUUUGAGCGACGACUAGAUGAAGCUCAGAACGAACUAGGAAUCCCCAGCAACGAAAGGAUACCUGUGAGCUAUGCGUCAGGCUCUGAUACGUGGACGGUGAUCAUGAAUUUUGGACCAACGCUGCUGUUCAUCGGUGCCAUCUUCUGGCUGUCACGUCGCGCAUCUGCAGGUGCGGGCGGACAAAGUGGUAUCUUUGGUAUGGGGAAGAGCCGAGCGAAGCAAUUCAAUCACGAGACGGAUGUUAAAGUCAAGUUCAAGGAUGUUGCUGGUAUGGACGAAGCUAAGCAAGAGAUCAUGGAGUUCGUUGCCUUCUUGAAGACACCGGAGCAGUUCCAAAGACUAGGUGCUAAGAUUCCCCGAGGUGCCAUCUUAUCUGGUCCACCAGGUACUGGUAAGACGCUCUUGGCGAAGGCAACGGCUGGAGAAUCGCAGGUACCAUUCUUCAGCGUCAGCGGUUCCGAGUUCGUGGAGAUGUUUGUCGGUGUUGGUGCUUCCAGAGUACGUGAUCUAUUUGCGAUGGCAAGGAAGAGCACUCCCUGUAUCAUCUUCAUCGACGAAAUCGACGCCAUUGGGAAGUCUCGUGCAAAGGGCGGUUCAUUCGGCGGUGGCAACGAUGAGCGAGAAGCAACUCUAAACCAGAUCUUGACUGAGAUGGAUGGUUUCAACACCGCUGAGCAAGUCGUCGUCCUCGCUGGUACGAACAGACCAGACGUGCUUGACAAGGCCCUUAUGCGUCCUGGCCGUUUCGAUAGGCAUAUUGCUAUCGAUCGUCCAACCAUGGACGGCCGAAAGCAGAUCUUCAAGGUCCACCUGGGUAAGAUUGUCACAAACGAGGAUAUGGAACACUUGUCCGGACGCCUCGCAGCUUUGACUCCUGGGUUCUCUGGUGCUGAUAUCGCCAACUGUUGUAACGAGGCUGCUUUGAUCGCUGCCCGAACCAGCGCCAAAUCCGUUGCGAUGACCCACUUCGAACAAGCCAUCGAGCGUGUCAUUGGUGGACUUGAGAAGAAGUCGCUCGUUCUCUCACCUGAGGAGAAGAAGACGGUCGCCUACCACGAAGCCGGCCACGCCAUCUGUGGCUGGUACUUCAAAUAUGCCGACCCCCUGCUUAAGGUAUCCAUCAUCCCACGAGGCCAAGGUGCUCUCGGAUACGCGCAAUACCUUCCUGCCGGAGACACCUACCUGAUGAACGUAAACCAACUGAUGGACCGCAUGGCCAUGACGCUCGGUGGCCGCAUCAGCGAGGAACUUCAUUUCGAUACCGUGACUUCUGGCGCCUCGGACGACUUCAACAAGGUGACCCGAAUGGCGACAGCCAUGGUCACCAAAUGGGGUAUGAGCAAGAAGCUCGGACCCUUACACUUCGAAGACGAUGAGAACAAGCUCCACAAACCGUUCGCGGAGGCCACAGCGCAAACAAUCGACUCCGAGGUCAGGAGGAUAGUAGACGAAGCAUACAAGCAAUGCAAAGAUCUACUGACAGAAAAGAAGAAGGAGAUCGGUAUCAUAGCGGAGGAGCUGCUAAGCAAGGAGGUCCUGAGCAGAGAUGACAUGGUCAGAUUGUUGGGCCCACGGCCGUUUGAAGAGGACAAGAACUUCACCAAGUACUUUGGAGGUGGGAGCACAAGUGCGCCACCGCCAUUCCCGACCGAGUCAACGGAUAGUCCGCCCGAGUCACCAUCACCUGCGUGA